GAAACUCUUGUUUUCCUUUUCCCGGGGUGCCGGAGAAAAACGAGCCCCUGUUGAAUUUUUGUGUCUUCUCGGCGAUGAAAAGGCAAAAUGUGAGAACGCUUUCAUUGGUAGUAUGCACUUUUACUUAUCUACUGAUAGGAGCUGCCGUUUUCGAUGCGCUGGAAUCUAAGGAAGAGGAGAGAAGAGAUGGGUUGCUCAAAGUGUCCUCGAACGCUUUGAAGAGGAAGUACAACAUCUCGGAGGAGGACUACCGCAUGAUCGAGCUGGUGAUAAUCGAAUACAAGCCGCACAAGGCGGGGCCGCAAUGGAAGUUCGCGGGGGCCUUCUACUUCGCCACCGUCGUGCUGGCCAUGAUCGGCUAUGGGCACUCCACACCCGUCACCUCGGGCGGCAAGGCCUUCUGCAUCGGAUAUGCUGUGGUGGGCAUCCCCCUGGGCCUGGUGAUGUUCCAGAGCAUCGGCGAGCGCCUCAACAAGUUCGCCUCCAUCGUCAUCAGGCAGAUCAAGAAGCAGCUGAGCUGCCAGAAAGUCGAGGCCACCGAGAUGAACCUCAUGUUCGCCACCGGCAUGCUGUCGUCCAUCAUCAUCACGACAGGGGCAGCGGUUUUUUCUCGGUACGAGGGCUGGACGUACUUCGACAGCUUCUACUACUGCUUCGUCACGCUGACUACGAUCGGCUUCGGGGACUAUGUGGCUCUACAGAAUGACAAUGCUCUGAUUGAAAGACCAGGAUACGUGGCACUGAGUUUGGUUUUCAUACUCUUUGGUCUAGCAGUGGUGGCUGCCAGUAUAAACCUACUAGUACUCAGAUUUAUGACAAUGAAUGCUGAAGAGAUCCGCCGCGAAGACCAAGACCUCCAGUCCUCCUCCCACCACGUCCUUACUCUCGACGGUGACGUCAUGGCGGUGAACGGCAAGCUGAUGACAGGUCAACACGGGCUCAUAGGAGAGAUCGACCAGACGUCGGUAUGUUCAUGCAACUGCCUGGGGCUGGGCCACGCGGGCGAGAACGAAGAGCUCCUUCUAGACGGUGGCGGCAAUUACCACUACCACCCCUCGCACCCCGAGGUCAAGGUCAAGAGGGCGUCGGUGUGAUGGCGCCGCUGGAGCGACUACUCCAAAGACGACGACAUCGGCUGAGAUGGAUCGAAUCAGUUAGAGCAGUUCGACAUGUGUGUCUGGUCUUCCCCUUGUGACCCCAUCUACAAGGUUCCAACGUAAAAUAAUAGAAAGUUUCAUUUUGGUAAAGCAGAAACUUAGAAGGUUGUACUGUAUUCUGCGACCUAAAAGAUCUAUCGUGCCCCCUUUUUUUGGUAUAUCCGAUGAGGUUGUUCUCCGUAGCUAAAUCAAUGUCACUAGUCCCAUAUCUCUCAGGUGUUGAUAGAUAUUUCCUCCUCUUCCCUACAGAACCUGUAUUCACAUUAUGUUCAUAGACGCGUUUCCGGCAGUGCCCUGUUAGGACUUCCGUUAGUAUAUGAGGUUUAUUCUUGCCUAGGCUGACAUAUAUGCGUUCUAUUUUUUGUGGUUAGAUGUACCCAGUAGUUAGCCUGUCUGAAACUUUGAAGAUUUCACCUGAUGUCCAAUCUCUGUCUCUUUUAUAAUGUCUUUUGAUACAGCACUGUUUUACUGAUGCCGCAGAAGAGUUCUGGCCCCUCGAAGGGUGUUGUACGCUACUUCAUUUCCCUCAACUCCGGAAUGUCCUGGAACACAUAGAAGGGUAAGUGUAUUUCUGUGGGCUAGCUCGUUCGGUCUCUCCUGAUAUUUCCAAACCAUUUUAGAGUUGAUAACCACAUAGAUCAGUGCUUUAAUGGCUGCUUGACUAUCGGAGAUGAUGAAGAUAUCCCAUCUUUCAUAGAUUUUUUUUCUAGUCCUUGGUACGAGGCCGCUAUACUCCUAUAUCAGUUCCAUAUUUGGUUUUGGAGCCAUCUGCCAAGUGGAAACAAAUCCAGUACCUAUACAUUCUCCCCCUAUCUUUUCCAAGUACGCACAAUGUUCCGUGAACAUAAUAGGGAUGCCCUUUAGUGGGAUCAGAAAAAUGCGAAAAAUGGUCUUCUAGUUCUU